GAGGAUCAUGAAGCCUGGAGUCGCGACCACGCUGGACCGCGGGCAGCAGCCGCCAGAGGACCAGCCGGAGCAGCCCCCGCCGGGGAGACACCAGGACGCCGAUCAGCGGUCGCUUCUGCCGCCACAGCAGCAGCGCCGGUCGCGUGCAGACCCACAGCAGGAGGAGGAGGAGGACGACGACGACAGCGACCCCGAAGAGGACGAGGAGGAGGAGAAAGCGAGGCCACUUUCCAGCCCGGACCUGCCUGUCUUCCAGCCCUGGAACCUCGCCUGAAGGGACCUUUGAUGGAACCAAGGGGAGGGGCCUCCGAUUUACAGACUGCAGCUGGGGUGGGCUGGGGGCUGAGAUCAUGUAACUAUUCCUUUCUCCUGUCCCCUCCCCACGCCCCUCUUCUCCACCUCCUUUCUCUGUUCCAUCACCUUCCCUCUCCCAAAUACACCCUCCCUCUAUUCAGGACCUUAGGCUCUGGAAGGAAGCAGCCCUUCGAGGGUUAAGGAUCUUUUUUUCCUACAUCCUUUUCUCGUCCACCGCCCUAUACCCACCUCUUCUGUGUAGCCUUUUGGCUGCAUACGCCAAGCACAAGCUCUUUGCCCAGUUUCACCUGCAACCAGUCUCCCAAUCCCUUUCUUAAAAGCUACUCUGGUGCUACUGGGGGUUAAUUGCCCCAGUUUUCUGCCCAAGAGAAUCAGAACUUCUCCUAACCUUCUCUGCCCCCCUCCCCCAUCUUGCCUUCCCCCAACCACUUCUUACUACCUGAGGAAGCCUAUCUUUUCUCUCUCUCUCUCACGUGCAAUCUUCACUGAGCUGGUUUCCCUAAGCCCAGACCUAGCUGCUCCAAAUUUGUGUUAUAAUCUUCUCCACCCUUUUAUGUAAAGGAGAUUUACCACAGCCUAGAGAUUUGGGAAGAAUCUCUCAAUCUUUUCCUUGGGAACUUUUAACAAUUAGACCUUGGCCAUACAUCCAUGCUUCUUCUAUUGCUCUGCUUCUAGUAGUCCUCUGGGGUGAAAGACAGAAAAGAGACAACAGCCAGAAUUAAGUCUGAGGUUGGGGUGGGGCUGCCAGGGCAAGAAAAACUUUUCUUUUUUUUUUUUUUUUUUAAACUUUGCAUUUUCUUAGGAGCGUUCAGAAUCAUUGACUCACAGUUGUCAGUCGAGGAGGUAAUUUAUUUGCUGCGUGGAGGGGUUAUAAGAAGAGCCAAUAAGAAAGGAGAUCCUUCCACAACACAGAAACACUGUGGACCCCAAAGCCCCACCCUAUCCACCUCUUCAAAGACUCCAGCUGCCCCUCUUCAGUCCUCUGCUUCCCCAUCACAUGCUCAUGCCCCUGGGUGGGCUGCUGUGGUGCUGCUGCUGUGGAUUGUGCACCCCAGCUCCCCAGAUGUUGCGCCACCAGGGUCUCCUCAAGUGCCGCUGCCGAAUGCUCUUCAAUGACCUGAAGGUUUUCCUGCUGAGGCGCCCCCCUCCAGCGCCCCUGCCCAUGCACGGUGACCCCCAGCUCCCUGGUGGGGCGGCCAACAACAACACCCUUCCGGCUCUGGGGGCCGGGGGGUGGGCAGGCUGGAGGGGCCCUCGAGAAGCGGUGGGAAGGGAGACCCCUCCUCUGCCGCCUCCACCACCUUUGCCUCCUUCUGUGGAAGAUGACUGGGAUGGCCCAGCCACAGGGCCACCUGCCUGCCUGCUCAGCAGUACUUCCUCUGAGGAAUUCUGUAAGGAGAAAGCUGAGGACUGCUACUCUCUAGGAAGUAGCUUGGACAGUGGUAUGAGGACUCCCCUCUGCCGCAUCUGUUUCCAGGGACCAGAACAGGGAGAGCUGCUAAGCCCAUGCCGCUGCGACGGUUCAGUGAAAUGUACCCACCAGCCGUGUCUCAUCAAGUGGAUCAGUGAGAGGGGUUGCUGGAGCUGUGAGCUGUGUUACUACAAGUACCAUGUCAUCGCCAUAAGCACAAAGAAUCCUCUACAGUGGCAGGCCAUAUCCCUGACGGUCAUCGAGAAGGUUCAGAUUGCCGCCGCCAUCUUGGGUUCUCUCUUCCUCAUUGCCAGUAUCUCUUGGCUCAUCUGGUCGACCUUCAGUCCCUCAGCAAAAUGGCAGCGCCAAGACCUCCUCUUCCAGAUCUGCUACGGGAUGUAUGGCUUCAUGGACGUGGUGUGCGUAGGUCUCAUCAUCCACGAAGGACCCUCCGUAUACCGCAUCUUUAAACGAUGGCAGGCCGUCAACCAGCAGUGGAAAGUGCUGAACUAUGACAAGACAAAAGACUUAGAGGAUCAAAAAUCAGGAGGCAGGACAAACCUGCGGACUUCCUCAUCAACCCAAGCCAAUAUCCCCUCCACGGAAGAGGAGGCAGCCAGCCCUCCUGCCCGUGAAGAGGGCCCCACCAGGGCUGCCAGCCACCCCUCAGGCCCUGGGUCCCAACACCACUGUGCUUACACCAUCCUGCACAUCCUGAGUCACUUGAGACCUCACGAACAGCGGAGCACGCAGGGCGGCAGCCGAGAACUCGUCAUGAGGGUCACCACGGUGUGAAAGGAGGCCGGGGAGGAAGGCUGAGACCACACACACACACACACACCCCAGGAAAGCGGCUGGGCCAGGAGGGGCCCAGGAAGCAGGAAUGGGAGGCAGAAGUCCGGCCGUGGGUGGGGGGCCUCGAGGGAGCCUGGAGCAGAGGGGAGCCACGGGGAGGCUGCCUGCUGGAGAGCGCCUGUGAUUUCCAGUCUGUUGGGUUUCACAGACUGCACAACGGUGGGUGGGACAAAUGGAACCCGCCCCCAGAAAACGCUCCUCCCUGCAGAAUGACAAGUAGCAAGGCACCCAGAAAGGGCUGGGCAGAAAACGGCGGCGGCGGCGGCGGCGGCGGCGGCGGCGGCGGCGGCGGCGGGUACCCGAGGUACCUGCUGCCCCUGUGGGUUGUGAGGGCAGCGAAGAGAACAAGCCAAGGCCACCCGUGGACCAGCUUUUGUAACCCGCACCUCUCUCUCUCAGUCUGGGGUUUGCUCCUCCCUGGGUGCUGCUUCCCAGCCCUGGGUGCCCCAGGGAGAGAGUGGGACCUUGUGAGCUGGUACCCCUACCAUGCUUGGGGGGAUGGAGGGUGGGAGGCUGCACUCUGCAAAGUUCCAGUGACUCUAAUGGCUUCACGGACCCCCCGGGAGACCGUUCAGGAAGGGAGCUGCGGAUAUGCCAGAGAGAUGGGGCUGUGUCCCCCUGAGAGAACUCUCCUAGCUGUAACUACGAGCAUCACGUGAGCUCAAAGAAGGCUGAGGUUUGGGGAUGGGCAUCUAUCUUUCUGUUCCCUUGUUUAUUUUAUGGUGAUAUGGGCUCAAAGAUGUUUACAGGAUGGGGGACUCUUCACACACAUACCUGUGUGCGUGUGCGUGUGUGCGUGCGUGCGUGCGUGCGUGUGUGUGUGUGUGUGUGUGUGUGUGUGUAGAGGGAAGUAUGGAUUUCUCCUGAGUAUCUCAAGCACACAACUGCUGCUGCGGCGUCAACCUUCAAAUGCCAGGCCAGGGAUAAUUCGCCCCACUACUGAGCCUCACCCACACCCGGGAUAAUGUAGUGCCAUGUCCUUUGGGCCUUGGCAUUCGAAAGGGUAGGCACACACACGCACACAUGCACACACGCACACAUGCACACACAUGCACAUGCACACACGCACACUCAUGCACACACACACACACAUGCACAUGCACACACGCACACACAUGCACGCACACACACACACACACACACACACACACACACAGACCCUCCCACCUGGGUCUGCUGCAGUGUGGGGUGACGCUGGCCCGUGUAUCUCAAGGAAGGAGUGAACACCGAUCUAAGUAUUCCUGGCCUCCUGGCACCGGCACCCUCCCUGAAGAGGCAGUUCGCUCACUUUGUGCUCAGUGCGGUGCCGUGCGCACCUUGGUCCUCCCUGUGCAGCCCAGCACUCCAAGGAGCCAGUGGGGAGCACUGUCUCAGGAGCCCGCCCGUGUGUUCUGGGACCUGCCAGGGAAGGCCGCUGGGUGGUCACCCGCAGUUUCUUACCAUCAUGGCACAAUGGACGCGCCUUCCUUGGGUAUUAAAAGGACACUGUUGAGUACUUUUUUAAACUAGUUUUUAGGGUUUUUUAAAACUCUCUGUUAUUUGUAAUAUUCUCUUAAAAGCUUGGAAAUAAAAUGUCUUUCCCUACCA